AUGCCCGCCGACGCCGAAGGCGACAGCCAAAUGGUGUCUUCACCAGAAGCCUCCGACAACGACAUCACCACCCCGCGAGACCAAACCAUCGCCGGCAACAUCCACUCCCCACCAGAUUCACAACACCGCUCAUCAGAAGCACGAGGCAUGCCGACAUCCGCAUCCGGCUCCUCCAUCGCGAAUUCGAACGGAAAGCGUCCCAUCCAAACGAUUAGUAACGGGAACGACGACGUUGAAGAGCUCGCGGCCAUGGCGAACGGCAAGGCAAGACAGGACAUUCCGGCGAAGACGCACCAGGCUAGUGGGUAUAGCUGGACGCGUGCGGAGGACGAGCCGGGCUAUUCGUGGUCGAACAAGAAGGCGCAGGAUGAGUACGCGAGGGCUUGGGAGGGUCUUCAGCACAAGGACGCUAUGGUUAAGAACCGGUACGGCGACCCUUUCGAGGCUGUCGAGCGCGAACAGGCAAUUCUCGCUAGUCUGAAGCAACAGUAG